UAUCAUGGCGACGUACGUGGAUAUUCUGAAGACCGAGUUUCCCGAAAUUGACACUGAAGUAUUUGAUUACAUAACGGGAGUUCUGGACAGCGGGGGUUCAGAUUUUGAAGAUGGGGAGGAGGUGUUCGAUGCCAUCGGUGGGGUUCUCCAGGAGGUCGGCGCUGAAAAAAAUGAAGACGACGUCCGAAAUAUCUGCCUGCAGUUGUUUAACACUCUGAAGAUAACUAACGGGAACUCAAACCAACGGCAGGUGCUGCUUGAUGCUCCUGUACAACUCUCUCAGAUCUCAGCAGAGUCAGAUUUGGCUGUUGGCGAUGUGCAGGGUAUCUGGAUGGUGAAAAGAGCUCAGGGCACGACUGUGGAUGCGAAGAAGCUGGAGAAGGCCGAGGCCAAACUGAAGGCUAAGCACGAGCGCAGGAACGAGAAAGACUCCCAGAAACCAGCAAACACGCUGGUUUUGGAGGAGGCCUCGGCCAGCCAGGCCAGCAGUAAGAAGGAGAGCCGGGUGGACAUGUCGGGGAAGAACCGCAGCUAUGACAUCCGAAUCGAAAACUUCGACGUGUCGUUCGGGGAGAGGUCUCUGCUCCAGGGUGCCGAGGUGUGCCUGGCGAGCGGCCGCAGAUACGGCCUGGUGGGUAGGAACGGCCUCGGCAAGACCACGCUCCUGAAGAUGCUGGCGAGUCGCAGCCUGCGCGUUCCGGCCCACAUCUCCAUCCUGCACGUGGAGCAGGAGGUGGCGGGAGACGACACGCCGGCGCUGCAGAGCGUCCUGGAGAGCGAUACCGUCCGGGAGGAGCUGCUGGCCAAGGAGCGUAAACUCAACAGUCACAUCGCCAACGGAACGACCGACGGGUCUGAGAGUCUGCGCCUGUCAGAAAUCUACGCCAAACUGGAAGAGAUCGAAGCGGAUAAAGCGCCGGCCAGGGCUUCAGUCAUCCUCGCAGGUUUAGGGUUUUCACCCAAAAUGCAACAGCAAACGACCAAAGAAUUUUCGGGUGGCUGGAGAAUGAGAUUAGCAUUAGCGAGAGCCUUGUUUGCCAGGCCGGACCUUCUGUUACUCGACGAGCCCACAAACAUGUUGGACGUCCGAGCCAUUCUGUGGUUGGAGAAUUAUUUACAGACCUGGCAGUCCACCAUACUUGUGGUGUCUCACGACCGGAACUUCCUGAAUGCGGUCGCGACCGACAUCAUUCACCUGCACUCGCAGCGGCUGGACAGUUACCGUGGCGAUUACGAGAACUUCAUCAAGACGAAAGAGGACCGACUGAAGAACCAGCAACGAGAAUAUGAGGCCCAGUUACAGUACAGAGAGCAUAUACAGGUGUUCAUCGACAGGUUCAGGUACAACGCCAACAGAGCCGCUCAGGUGCAGAGCAAACUGAAGCUUCUGGAGAAACUCCCAGAACUGAAGCCUUUAGAAAAGGAGACUGAAGUCAUGUUACGUUUUCCAGAUAAUUUUGAGAAGCUGUCCCCUCCCAUCCUGCAGUUAGACGAAGUGGAGUUCUACUACAGCCCAGAGCAGCGACUCUUCAUUGGCCUCUGUGUCUCCGCUGAUCUGGACUCUCGAAUUUGCAUCGUGGGUGAAAACGGGGCGGGUAAAUCUACGUUAUUAAAGCUGCUCAUGGGGGAGCUGACUCCAGUAAACGGCACCAGACAUGCUCACCGAAACCUGAAGAUCGGAUAUUUCAGUCAGCACCACGUAGACCAGCUGGACCUCAACGUCUGCUCGGUGGAGCUGCUCCUCAGCAAAUUCCCCGGCCAGACAGAGGAAGAAUACAGGCGCCAGCUCGGUAGAUACGGCAUCAGUGGAGAACUGGCCACGCGGACGGUGGCUAGCCUUUCGGGAGGACAGAAGAGCCGUGUGGCGUUCGCUCAGAUGACCAUGCCUUGUCCCAACUUCUACAUCCUCGAUGAGCCGACGAAUCACCUGGACAUGGAAACCAUUGAAUCUCUGGCCAAGUCACUGAACACGUUCAAAGGUGGCGUGGUGCUGGUCUCGCACGACGAGCGACUGAUCCGUCUGGUGUGUAAGGAGCUGUGGGUGUGUGAGGCCGGGAAAGUUCACCGUAUAGACGGCGGCUUCGACGAGUACAAGAACAUCCUGCAGGAGCAGUUCAAGAAAGAAGGCUUCCUGUGAACGUCCGAGCCCGUCCAGCACCUUGUGUCCAUCCACACUGACCCCUGCAUCUCCGUGACCCUGUCGUGAACUCCAGUCAAGCCAUUAAACCCACCGCCGCUGAACUGGUUCCAUCAGAAAUCUGAACUGAAUUCUUCGCCCACACCUCCGUGACGCGCACUCGGCGACGGCAUAGCAACCGUGCGGUCCACGCUACAUCUGUUACUGAUCACGUGACUCGCGCGCAGACUGGGCUUCUGGUGCCCACACAAGCAAAACGGAACGGACCGGUCUGAUGCAAUAAAUGGAAUGUGGGGGGAUUUGUGCCAUUUUUCUUUGUCCUUAAAUGAUCAUCGCCAGGUUUAAAAAAAUUCUAAUAAAAACACGAGCCAAUCAGUUUUAA